CUCACACUGUACUGCGCUGCGGAGGCUGUUUACAAGACCAUCGCUACUAUUACUGAGCGUUUUUUUUUUCCGCGGAGGUUGAAUGAAGAAUGACUUUUUCUCUGGAUGGAUACGCGCUGUUUUUGGGAGGUGAUAGCGGUGACUUUAGGAGCUGGACAUGAUGUUCUGCAGUCCACAGUAAACGGAUGGCCUCUUGGCUCCAUAGUGGUGAAGCUCUGUAAAGCCAUUCUUGUGUUUUAGCGCAAGCAUCCCUGAGGAGUUUUGUGUGUCAUCGGGACCUUGAGACACACCCACACACACACACACACACACACACACACAUUGAUGUUCAGCCUCUCCUUUUUAGAGUAAAACCUGGCAGACCUCUAAUCUCUAAAAGAUUGAUGAGGCUCUGUACAGGCGCAGGAGGCCUGGCAUAGCGUCGAUAAGGCAGAUUUUAUUUCGCUACAUUUUAUCCCUCGCUCCUUCCGUUCUUCUCUUUUCCUCCAUGUUGAGGGACACAGGGGCUGGCUAUGAAGCGUGAAUGAGGAUUACAACAUGGCAAGGCCCCUGGGCGAGAAGGAUAGUGAUUUUAGAAAACAUGAAGCAUGAAAUGCCCCGGACAUGACAGUUCUCUUGUCUUCUGUUGCUCACGUCAGACAGCCGUGUGGUAGCCGAGCAGAACACCAGAGUCAGCAUGUCACUGUCAAACUGCUGGAGCUGGAAUAUAGUGAAACUACAGAGGGACACUCAGAGCUGAGAGGAGCUGAACACACACACAUCCCACACCUGCACACACUCACAAACACACUCGGAGCAUUUCACACGUGACAAUGUGCAACAUCACCUUCUGUGAUGUGGACAGUAAGGUGGACCAGUUCUUCCAGCCCACGCUCUACAUCAUAGUCAUCGUUCUGGGGCUGCCCACCAACUGCAUGGCCUUGUGGGCAGCCUACAUGCAGGUACGGCAACGCAAUGAGCUUGGCAUCUACCUGAUCAACCUGUCAGUGGCUGACCUCCUGUACAUCAUUACUCUUCCUCUGUGGAUCGACUACUUUCUGCAGCACGAUGACUGGAUCCACGGUCAGGAGAGCUGCAAGCUAUUUGGCUUCAUCUUCUACACCAACAUCUACGUCAGUAUCGCCUUCCUCUGCUGUAUAUCACUGGACAGGUACCUGGCCGUGGCAUAUCCACUGCGCUUCGGCAAGGUUCGACGAAUCAAAACAGCUAUCCUGGUCAGCAUCAUGGUGUGGACAAUUGAGAUUGUAGCCAACUCUGCUCCUCUCUUCCACGAUGAGCUCUUCCAGGAUCGAUUCAACCACACUUUCUGCUUUGAGAAGUAUCCCAUGCAGGACUGGGUGGCAGGGAUGAACCUCUACAGGACAUUUCUGGGCUUUCUCGCUCCAUGGACAGCCAUGCUUGUCGCCUACCGUGGGAUCCUGGUAGCAGUGCGCUGCAACGUCUCAACAGAGCGUCAGGAAAAGGCCAAAAUUCAGCGUCUGGCGUUGAGUCUAAUCCUGAUCGUUUUGCUCUGCUUUGGACCGUACCACAUCCUCCUGCUGGUGCGGAGUGUCAUGUUUCUAAAGAAGCCAUGUGACUGCAGCUCAGAGGAGAGCUUGUUUGCAGCGUACCAUGUAUCAUUGGCGCUGACCAGCCUCAACUGCGUUGCCGACCCCAUUUUGUACUGUUUUGUCAACGAGGGGGCGAGGCACGACGUUGGCCGAGCUCUCUCAGCUUUACUUUCUGCAGCUUGCAAACGGCGCUCCUCUUCCUCACCGUCAAACGCCGACAUGCUCAAUGCUGGUUCAGUGACUUUCGACACGCCGCUGGCAGCCAAGAAGCAGCCUUGUGUGUACGCUGAUGGAGACAAGACAAACAGCUACAAGACAGAACUGGUGGCUCUGAAGGAGGAGUGUCUACAGAUGACCAUCCUCAGUGUUAGGAAGUGACUUCAAUAUACAGUACUGUAGGAAGUCCAAACUGCUCCGCACAGUGGAUGGAGGAAGCUCUUAACACUGACAGGGUCUGAUGUCUUCUGGCCUGACAGGCUGGAAUCACAUGCAUUUAUGAGGCUGUAGAAUUUUUAGGUGAAAGCUUCCACUAAAUGGCGCAUUUACUAGCCAGAUUCAUGAAAGACAUAUUGCCUCUAUCCACGUAAGCAGCCCCUGAGAUUGAAAUGCUUACACACCAGAAAACAAAAUAGUUGGGUGACUGAACAUUUGAGAGUCUAUUUUUGCUAUGUUAAAGAUCCUUACCAUUAGUGGGACAAUGAGGGUGGCACUGAGGACAAGUCAUGUUGAAAAUCAAAAGGGUUUAUCCUUAGUUCGGCGACCACUGACAGCUUAUCAGGCUCAGUCCUUUGUUGCUGAUUUGUUACAACGUCCAUUACUUCAAGCUGUAGUUUGUCAGACCUCUGCACAGCUGCACUGCAUGCUAAUGUUAACAUGCUAUAUUAUCAUCAAUCAGGAUUCAGCAAUAAGCUUCAGAGGUAUUCUCAUGAAGCGUUCGACCGGAAGAAAUGUUGACCUGCAGCUGGCGCUGUAUGAAAUGUCAGGGGAUCACAAAAGUCCUCAGGAUUCAGCCACGGUGGACCACCAAUGUCUGUACCAAAUUUAAUUCCAAUCCAUCCAGUAGAUUUUGAGAUAUUUCAGUCUGGACCAAAACAGAUCAACAGACCAGCUGACAUCCCUGCAGCCAUCUCACUGGUGCAGCUAACAAGGAUCUAAUCAAUCACCCACUGUGCCAGGAGUCAUUGACAAUGCCUCGGAAGACAUUCUUGAAUAUUUAAGUGGAAUAAUUUAAACACACUACAUUCUGCAUGGCUGAAUAUUGUUAAUGGUCUGAGAGGAGGCACCUUUGAAUUCAGACUGCAUGAAUGCACCACUUUGGAAUAUGGAAGAAGAGCAGGAGGGUAAUAAAAAAGAUUGUAGGUUAAUGGUCAAUAAAGUUAUUUGAAUGCUUGUUGGAAAUGUCUUAACUGUUUAUUAGUUUUAUUGAAGAAAAUAAUGAAGCCAUAUAAAGUACCUCAGCUCGUUAAUUGUGAUAGCAAGAAGGCUGAAAGUAGAAGUGUCAUGCAAGCAAUGUUUUUUCUCUUUCAUUUUUACCACAGACAGGACGAUAAUUAAGAACUCCUAAACCAAAGCCUGCAUUCAGCUCAGAAGAAAGUCAAAUAAAUCAGUUAUACUUAAACUACAUUAUGUUCAGCCUGUUCUCAUGAACCAUACGUUCGAAAAUCUAUGAAAAAAUUAAGCACUGUAAUUUGUAUGACUUCCAUGUUUUUCUUUUUUGCUGUAUAAGAACGCGGCUGGCGUUAUAAGACUUUCAAGCCAGGAAGCGGAGUUCGCUUCCCAGGGAAAACAAAAGACUUUCACCCAGGAAAUACGUGUUCCUUGGGAGUGUUUUAAUUCAAACCACAAUCGUUUUCCUAAACUUAACUAGUCGUUUCGGUACCUAAACUUAACUUUCAUCGUCGCGUAACACUUACUUUUUGUUGCCUAAACUUAACCGCAAUCUCUGCCAAAACGACCGGCAGCUCCCGGUGCUCUGUACCCGGCACACAGUCACCUAUUCUCGGGUAACUGAACCACCAACUACCGCUGACCUGACGAAGAACUAGCUAUGACCAGUAGCUCCCGGUGCUCUGUACCCGGCACACAGUCACCUAUUCUCGGGUAACUGAACCACCAACUACCGCUGACCUGACGGAGAACUAGCUACGACCAGUAGCUCCCGGUGCUCUGUACCCGGCACGCAGUCACCUAUUCUCGGUUAACUGAACCACCAACAAUGAUCGGCAGCUUGCAGUGCUCUGUACCCGGCACACAGUCACCUAUUCGUAUGUAACUGAACCACUAACUUCCGCUGACCUGACGGAGCCAGUGUCGCAGAGCUCUGUAGCGGAUAAACACAUCUACCAACUGCUGCUGAUACGACAAGCUGUGACGGAGGUCUGUAGCCGCGUCACAAAGCUCUGUAUCGGCCUAAACAAUUCACAACUGUAGCCGAUGUCACGUGACCAGCCGGCGGUCUCCUAGUUUUCGUAUAAUAUCAUACGUUUUAGUGUGCAUAACUUUUCGUGCGAUACUAUACAAACAUUCCUAUUUCAGACAGAUGCCUUUUAACGUGAACUGUCCCCAAAUAAUCCUAAUAAUAUACAGAACACUGUUUCAUUUUUGAGUCAUUUUUCUCAUCACACAAAAUGUUUCUCAGAUCUUCGUUUUCCCUAAAGGAAAGAUUUAUACAUUCGUUCUUGAUUCAAGUGACAUGCCAGGCUGCUAAAAGCUUGUCAUAUUAGGGAAACAAAUUAAGAGACAUUUUCUCUGUAAUGUCAAAAGUCUGAUAAGAAAAUUAAGUAAUACUUUACUGGAUAUUCAUUUAAAAAAAAACAUCUCCAGUGGUCAGCAGAACUGUGGCAGCAGCCAUUGAAGGUCUGUGGCAGCAUUCCAAACAGCAGUGUACCACUCAUUCUUUUUUAUGAUUUAUUUAAAAAUCAACAUUUAAAUAAAAGGUACAAUAAGCAUGUCCCUCCUUUUGUGCGUGAAGCUGAUUGUUGUUAAGUAAUACUGACAAUUUGAGGUCCGCCAACACUGGAUUAGCUGCCAUAUUUUUCCAUAAUAUAUUGACUACUUUCUGAAGUUCCUAUAUCCAGUGAGCACUGUAAGGGCCAGAAAAAAAGAAAUCCUAAAAAAAUGUUCAUGUGCAGUGCAUAUUUACAACGAUUUGACAUUAAACUGAUGUUCCUUUUCCUAUAGUAGACAGCUUAUUUUUACAGUAAAUCCAACACAAAGUGCCCAAACAUAGCAUUUUAGAACAAUUGCCAAAACUUAAUGGCUGUCUCUACAACAGAGCGUUGAAUACUGUACAUAAAGAAAGUAUAGGUGUCAUUGAAGAGUCAGACUGGUGCUACCUUUACACGUGGCCGGCUAUUUUCAUAAACGGAUAUUUCAACCUCUCCGUUUUCAAAAAUAACAUUGUG